AUGGCUGCGGCGGAGGUUGCCCCCAACGUCCCCAUCGUCUUCCUCUCCGGCGAGCUACUGAAGCAGCCGGGUAGCGCCGCCUGGGCAGCGGCGCGUGCCCAGGUCUGGGAAGCCCUCGAGGAGUUCGGCUGCUUCGAGGCGAUCUACGACGAGAUCUCGCUGGAGCUCCGACAAGCCGCCUUCGCCGUCGCUAAGGAGCUCGUCUCCCUGCGCGUCGAGACCAAGCAGCAGAACUACGCCGCCAUCCGUUACCCUGGCUACAAGAGCCUUAACGUCGACGAAGCCCUCGACCCGGCGGCGGCCCGCGGCUUCACCGACCGGAUGUUGCCGGAGGGGAACCCCGCCUUCUGGUACCCCCAAAAACUCUUUAUCUCCAUCCUCCAUAGCGUGAAGUUCUGAGACUAGGUCAAUCGUUUACUUUCUCUCCUUCCCAGCGAGGCCGUCUGCAAUUUCGCCGAGGCGGCGGGUGCGGCGGUGGCGGUGGAGGGAGCGGUGAGGAGGAUGGUGCUGGAAAGCUUGGGAGUCGAGAAGUACUGCGGCUUCCACGGGGGGUUCACCAAGUAGAAGGUGCGAUUGUCGGAGUACGCUCCGCCGACGUCGGAAGGGGAGGCGAUGCUCAUCUUGCCGCCCCACACGGACAGCAGCGUGACCACGCUCACCCUCCAGAACCACGUCCAUGGCUUCGAGGUGAAGACGAGGAGCGGAGCCUGGGUUUGCGUCAACCCUUCCUCCCCCAGCUCUCUCAUCUUCAUCAACGGCGACGCCUUCAGGGUACGUCCUUCCGCCGCCUCCCUCCUCCCGUGAGAUCUUCUUUCUGAUUGAUUGGCUGACACGGCGGCGCCGCCGGUGUUGAAGGCAUGGAGCAACGGGCGGCUGUACGCGCCGCCCCACCGUGUGAAGGUCGCCGGCGGCGAGGUCAGGCUGGUCGCCAUGCUGUUCGCGGUGCCCAAGGACGAGGCGCGGUGGUAGAAGCCCCGGCGGAGCUCGUCGACAGGGAGAGGAACCCUGCGCGGUUCAGGCCCUACAAGUUCUUGGAGUACGCCGAAGCCUUCAAUUCCCUUCUCGCCGCUGCCGGCGACGACCCAACGUCCGUCCUUCCGGCGUUCUGCGGGUACGCAGCGCCAGAACCCAAGGCAGAGACAUGA